GAACCCUCAACAUGAUUAAAGGUCAUGAAGUCCCUGCUUAUUUAGGGGCAAAGAAGAUGAGCUUGCACCAAACGGGAUUUCAAGAAGUGCUUGCAUUGGCUCACCUGAUGGGACAAGCGCCAAAAGAGAUUAUCCUCAUUGGCUGCCAGCCCCAAGACUUAAGCGAUUAUGGUGGCAGCUUAACGGACAUUGUUAAAGCACAAAUCCCCCACGCCUUAGAUUUGGCAGUUGCCUGUUUGCGUGAUUGGGGGGUUAGCUUAACACCUCGUCAAUCUCUGAUUGAAGGCACUCAAGUCGAUGCUCUAUCCAUGGAGCGUUACGAAGCAGAACGUCCUUCGGCUGAGAGCGCUUGUCGAAUUGGUCGUGGGGAAACCCGUUGGAUAGAUUGUCGUCUGGUUGGAGAUGUGUAUCCCCAAGAUUGGGUACUCGUAUUGGUCGAUGCUGCUCGUGAAAUCAUCGAUGCUAACCGAGCUCAAGAAAUCAAUUCAGUGCUAGAU